ACCAAAAUCGUUGUGUUUUUACCCGUAUAAUUAAUGAGGGGUUCAGUAUGGAGCUUGACCCUGAAAAAAACUUGGUCGGCUUCGGACGAUGUUUUUGUUUUGUCCUCAAGUUGCCAUGGCAGCGACCUAAUGGACUUAUUGUUUGGCUUACUAUGCGAUAUACGUAUGUAAACUGCAAUUAAUUUAGAUUAUUUUAGCGGUCCCUAGGUAAUUUCAGAAAUUUGUAUGCACUUGCAAUGGGUUAAUACAUUUUACAUACCUACUGUUUGACUGUCUAUACGCAAACAAAUUAAAAAGACCCCUAAUACUCCCAUGAUUCCAUAAUUUCGUCUAUUAUAACUCCUUUGUUGAACGUUAAUUGAUACAUUAAUAUGGUAGUGCUGCUAAUUAUCCUGCAUUACUGACUUCCAAAAACAAAAUCUACUAUAGUUUGGUUCACUCAAAAGAACAGGCAUGUGCUGUUUGCUUGAAUACAUUUUCAAAUUAUUUGUUUUCACCUUUGGGGUUUUAAUUAAUUUUGUCGUAACAUUUUGUUUAUUAGUUCAUCUCUACGAUAUUAAAAAUGGAACGAACGGUGUACGUAUUACCGGAAUAGAGCAUUGCUAUUUUUUGUGGACUGUGCAUAGCUGUUGCGGAACUUUAAUGAUCGUAGUCAAGUUUAAGGAUCUAUGUUAUCUGCAUUGGUGGCUCUUGAUGACGUCGUUCUAUAUAUUAGGUGGUCUUGUUCUUCACUUGGUUCUAUUGGAUUUCCACAGCGACGAAUUCGGUACCACUGAGAAAGUCCAAAACUACUUCGGUCUGGGGUUUAUGUUAAUUAGCUUAAUAACAGUCGCUGGCUAUUCCAGAUCCUUAAGGCCACCGGAAGAUAUGUAAUUUGUACUUAAUGUGACUGCGAAAAUAUCUUAUUUAAGUUGAACCUAAAAUAAAAUCUUCAAAAAAUUACCAAGUAACUUAAUUGAAUUCGUGUAAA